AUGACGAGCGUCCCAUCGUCCUCGUCUCCGCCUGGCUUCGAUCUGUCGGCCACCGGUUAUUCCUUCCGACCUCCCCUGACGAACGUCUGCACCGCUCUCGUAUCGAAUCUGUCUCCAUCCUCGAUAUGGACGUGUUCAGUUUCAAGUCAAUCGAGCGUCGUCGUCGUGGAUUUGUGGCCGUCCGAUCCAACCUACCUGUCCAACGAGCCAGCUUGCAGCAGUUAUCUCCUCAUUCCUGCAGAGAACGCAUGGGAUGUGACUGUACGAACGGCGAUUUACACGUUGGCGUUGGUGUACCUGUUCAUAGGCCUCGCUACAAUCACAGGCAAAUACAUGGAAGCUAUGGAGAACAUCGUUCAGCAGACCCGUAAAGUCAGACUCUGGGACCCUGUGGUUGGUAGGUGGAUGGAGUCGGAGCAGCGCAUGUGGAAUCCAGCCAUCGCUGACAUCACGCUGCUGGCGCUGGGCACGUGUGCGCCUCAGAUCUCCCUCGCAGUCAUUGACGCCGUCAGGCGGCUGGGCAAGACCGGCGGACAGGACCUGGGAGCAGGCACCAUCAUAGGCGGCGCAGCCUUCAACAUUUUCCCCAUCCUGGCUGUGUGUGUGCUCGUGCCUCCUGCCGGCACUGUCAAGCGCAUUUCAGACGUGGGGCUCUUUCUUGUCGAGUUCCUCUGGUCGCUCUGGGCCUACGUGUGGCUCUACAUCGUGCUACAGGUGUGGACGCCAGGCGAGGUGACGAUAGCAGAGGCGGUGAUGACAGUGCUGCAGCUGCCGCUGCUCAUGCUGCACGCAUACGCCCAGGAGCAACGCUGGCCCUUGAUAGCCCUGCCGCUCUCACCACCCACCAGCCAACCUCCCACUGCUUCCUCCGAAGCCGUUGCUGCGACAGUAGGAGCUGCUAGCUCAGCAAUGCAGGAGGGUGUUGAAAGCGCAACUGUACGAAGUGCUUCCUUUACAGAUAAUGGUAUGGCAGACAGGGUUGUUGCAGGCAGCGGUGCAGCAGUAUCUGGCCUGCAUGGAGAUUUAUCUCCAGGUGUUGCCUCUGGUCCUGCUAUGGAGGGCCAUGCAGCACUGGGCGAUUUUUCCACUCCAAGCAGGAGCAGGAGGAGGCGGAGGAGCAGUGAACACGAUCGCAGCAGCAGGCGCAGCAGUGGUGGUGGUGGUGGUGAAGGGGGCAUGGGGAGAGGUAGUGGCAGGCAGAGCCUAUCGUCUCAGGCGGAGGACAGAGAGUGGGACGAUGCGGAGGAGGAUGAAGAGGUGGGGAGGGGAAGGCGCAGCUCUGGGCAAGCGUUUCAGCAGGGGGAUGUGGAGGUGCUCCCUCAGCCAGACAGCCAUGCCCAACUCAUUGCUUCUAGGCAUUCACAUGGGAGCGAUGGCAGCAGCGGUGGGACAAAGGGCGUGUCGUUUGGCAUGCGGUGGAGGCAACAAAUCGUGCUCUCCAUGAUGCUACACCCAUCGGAUUACAAUGAUCUCACAGCACAAGGCAGCAUGCACCCCUCACAUGAGCAACCAGCAGCCCGUAAAGCCCAGCCAGUGGCAGCGAGGGUGCGGCGGGUGGUGGUGCAGGCGGUGUGCUUCUUGUGGAAGGCGCUGUGUGCGGUGCUCAUCCCCCCGCCUGACGCGCUGCACGGCUACCCCGCCUUCAUCACCAGCAUCCUCGUCAUCACCCUCAUCGCUGCCCUCGUUGUCGAGCUCGCCUCGCUCUUCGGCUGCGUCACAGGGGUGAACUCAUUCGUGGUAUCCAUAACGCUGCUGGCGACGGGCACAUCCAUCCCGGACCUCAUAGCCAGUGUGGUGGCAGCAGACCACCUGCCCACUGCUGACUCCGCCAUCGCCAACAUCAAUGCCAGCAAUUGCAUUAUUGUUUUCUCUGGAAUGGGUAUUCCAUGGCUCAUCACCACUCUCUACAAUGAGUUUGUGUUGGGAUCAGCAAACAAUGUGUUCCCCGGUUCAGGUGUAGCUGGUACAGGUACCCCCCGGUACAGGAGGCGUUUCGCGCUCUACUCAUUGCUCCUCUCUGCUCGCUUCAACGCUGCCGCGAGUCAACGCGCUGCAUCCGCGAGUCAACGCGCUGCAUCCGCGAGUCAACGAUCUGCUUCCGCGGGUCAACGCGCUGCCCGUCAGGGAGAUGAGUAUCCUGUGCCCAUGCCUGAGAGCGCUUUCACCCUCGCGCCCAGCGUCAAGGAACGUGCCUUCGGCGGGCGUCGCGGGGAGGCGCGCUGCUGUGGGGACGCGCGUGGGAGGCAGCAGCGGGACGACUUGGCUCUCCCUCAGCCACCAGCGCACAGCGACCAACAGAUGAUGCCUGCUGGCGUCAACAAACGGCCGUCGCUUUGCCUGGCGAACGCUCCUCAAGGGGACGUGGGGCGCGGAGGCAGCAGCAGAGGGUGCCAGUGGGAGCAGAGGCGUGUGGGUAGGGGCGCAGCUGCUGCACUGCACCCAUCAGCACUUCAACUCGACGCACCCCACUCUGGAGUGGUGGUGGAGAGUGGUUGGAAGUGGUGGUGGAGAGUGGUUGGAAGUGGUGGUGGAGAGGUUGGAAGUGGUGGUGGAGAGUGGUUGGAAGUGGUGGUGGAGAGUGGUGGAGAGUGGUGGAGAGUGGAGGGGAGUGGUGGAGAGUGGUGGGAAAUGGUGAUGGUGCUGUGGUUGGAGGGUGAGUCCCCACAAGAGGGGAGAGCAUGGCAGGGGAGGGAUGUUGAAACCCCAGGUGUAGGUUUCUGA